AUGUUUUCUCUCUCAGGACGUCCUGUUCUACAGCCGAACAGUAUCGCUCGAUCAGAGAUUCUGAUCGCUAACUGUGAUGUUCGACGAGGAAGGCUCGUGCAUCGAUGGAGUCGCCAACGGUGUUUACUCUAUAAUGGAAGUAUUCGAAUACAGAAAGAGAAUGGCGAAGACGAUGCGAUGAGCUUGUCACGAUGUCGUGUCGAUGUAUGCGAAACCCGACAUGGCCGCUGCCUUCGGGUUCAGCACUCCGCAUCCGUCGUUUUACUGCACUUUGACGAACCAGAAGUCCUUGCUCUUUGGUUGACUAAAUGUCGGCAGGUAAACGGACAACGGAAUGUCUGCGACCUCAGCGACCGAAAGCUCACACUACUACCUGAAUCGCUACUAUGUUCGGAAGCCGAUGAGGUGGAACAGCUGAAUCUUAGGCGAAAUUCGCUGUCUACCAAGAAUAACAGUGAGCCAUCAUCGGCUCAAAUCGGUUGGUUGGACGAUCUGAGCAGGCUCACCUCUCUUACAAGUCUCGAUUUAUCGUCGAAUCGUCUAGCCGUUUUCCCUACCUCAAUCACUCAACUACCAAAUCUUCAGAAAUUGAACCUUUCGUCCAACUGUAUUCAAACAAUUCCACCGAAUGUGAGACUUCUUAGAAGGUUGGCAUCACUCGACAUGGAGAAUAACUGGUUGAGCUCAUUGCCUAUCCAUCUAGUCGAAUGUGAUCAGCUUGUUUGGCUCAAUCUCCGGUUUAAUCGAAUCAAACAAGUUGCAAAUAACUUCUGGAAGAAAAUGACUCGAAAGAGAACAGAGUGGGCUCUGGCUGGAAAUUACAUCGAGAGUCUGGAUGUCUAUAGGCCCGUGAAUAUUAUGAAGCUAGACUUGAGAAGGAGCUCACUUAGCGGUUGCUUUCGACUACCCAGUGGCUGCUUCGAUCACCUGACCUUUCUGGAUAUACGGGACAACUGCAAAGUGUCUACUGUUCAUCUCACAAAUAUCCCAUCCCUCCAGGUUCUACAUUGUGAACGGCUACAGCUAACAUCACUUCAUCUCAAUGGUCAAAGUCUCACUCAUCUUUACGCUCAGCACAACAUGUUGGAUUGUCUGAUCGUGAUGCCUGUACCACUUCAUCUAGUCUUCAUUGACGUUUCUCACAAUAAAUUUGAUGUGCUCCCGGAUUGGAUAGGCGAUCUAUCACAAAUCGACUGUCUUCGGGUGAAUAACAAUCGGCUCACCAGUCUACCUGAUAGGUUAUUCAGUGUUCAAUCAAUGCGGUACCUUUUCUGCAAGGAUAAUCGUUUGAAGGCGCUGCCUCCUCUUUUCGACAACUGCAAUCUGAUUUCUUGUGUGCUUUAUAGUAACCAACUCGAGGAACUUCCAUCGAAUUUCUUACUUCGCCACCUAAACGUCUCCUUCAAUCGUCUGUCUGGUUUACCAGCUGUUAAUGCUCACCAUGACCGGAACCGGAUCAAUACCCUCCGUCUCAGCCAUAAUCGAUUAGAUGAAUCGAUCGUGCCGAUACUGAUGAAGAUGAGAAAGCUCAAAAUACUCGACCUCUCACAUAACAGAUUGAGAUAUUUCGAUGACAGUGCUCUCGGGUCGCUCACCAUGUUAGAAGAGUUGAACCUCAGUUCCAAUGAGCUCACUACACUGUCGUCCUCAAUCUUCGAUCUCCCUGCCUUGCAGAUUUUUAAAGCUCACUCGAAUCGGAUCAAAGCUAUUCCUGACUUAUCCGUGUCGCCUACGCUUCAGACUGUCGACAUAUCAAACAAUGCUCUUGGAGCUCAUACAAGUUCCAUAGCCACCGGACCAGCAUUGAAGCAGCUGGAUCUCACGUGUAAUCCAGCUCUCAAUCUGAAUUCCGGAACCUUGAGGUGGGUAUGCUUCUAG